UUGAAAUCCAUGUUUCUCGAUCUUUUCUCGGGCAGCCACAGCUAUCUGCGUGCCUUUUCUUCGUCUCCAGUGGUUUCCCUUGCCAUCGAGCGUGGGUGGAAUGAGUCUGCUAGUCCCAAUGUCCGUGGCCCACCAGCCCUUGUUUACAGUUUCUCUCAGCUUGAAGAGAAGCUCAAGGCCGGUUACAAAUCUACCACUGCAGGAAAGUUCACCGAGGCUCUUCGUGUUUUCCUAUCCAUCCUCCACACCAUCCCACUCGUAGUAGUCGAAUCAAGGAGAGAAGUUGAUGAGGUCAAGGAACUUAUCAUUAUCGUUAAGGAAUACGUUCUUGGUCUGCAAAUGGAACUCAAGAGGAGGGAGAUGAGAGAUGACCCAAUACGGCAACAGGAGCUGGCGGCAUAUUUCACACACUGCAACCUACAAACCCCUCACCUAAGGCUCGCCCUUCUCAGCGCAAUGAGUGUCUCCUACAAGGCCAAGAACCUGGCUACAGCUUCGACUUUCGCGAGGAGGUUACUAGAGACAAACCCGACAGUGGAGAGCCAGGCCAAGAUGGCGAGGCAAGUCGUGCAGGCGGCGGAACGCAACAUGACGGAUGCGACCCAGUUGAACUACGAUUUCAGAAACCCUUUCGUGGUAUGUGGAGCCACAUAUGUGCCGAUCUACAGGGGACAGAAGGACGUGUCGUGUCCGUACUGCACGGCUCGGUUCGUGCCAAGCCAGGACGGGAAGCUC